CUGUAACAUAAGACAGUAUUACGAAUAUAAUGUAGAGUAAAAAAUAAUAAAGAAUAAGUAAUAAUGCAUAUUCCAUAUAAAUGAAUAUGAAAAAUAAAACAAUAAUACGUUUUGUCAAACGUAAUGUAGUAAUAGCUGUAUUGCUAAUAAACUCCAGUCCAGUCAGGGGCAGCAGUGAGCACAAGUGCUUCAUUACUCAAUACAAGAGAACAGCAACGAACACUGGAGUGGCUUUGAAAAUAUAUGAUUUCGGUCACCAAAAACAGUAAUAAGACAAUAAUGUCGUCUCUGGAGUCUGAGGUUGUGUCUGUUCUGGAGAUACUUGUAAAGACAACGGUAAAUGAAAUGGCGAAAGUCAUGGAGUUCUCAGGCAUAACGUUACUCCCACAAACUCACGACAAGUGUGUCACCCUGGACUUUAAGACACAGCUGAACUCUGUGUUGGAACGUAAUGCAAAGGAAGCCGUGGAGAAAAUAUGCCAGCUUUUCUCUGCCCUUCUGCAAAAAGAAAUGAGUCCAAGAGCACAGGAUGAGUUGAAAACAAGACUGAAGCAAGCUGAGAAGCAGCACAAGACUCUACAAGGAGAGACUAAUCUAAGUGACAGUUGUCUUCAAAGAAGACAGUCCCCUGACCAUCUUACUCUAGUCUCUGCGGAGAACAUCGCCAUUGUUGUGAGCUUGGGACAAGAGAAGAUAGUAGAGACUGACCAUGAUGAAACACACACUAAAACACAGAAGACGGCAGUCAUUAGGGCAGAAAAGUCAGCGGAUUGUUCAGAAAACAGCAAGCAUCUUCAGUUCGUGGUGUUGCAGGACUAUGAUGCUGAGGACAUCAGCUGCACCGAAAUAAACAAUACUAAAAACUCCUCUGGGACUCAAGAUGAUGCAAAAUCAUCUAGAAGUUUGAGUGUGUCAAAAAGCAGAGGUGUGCGGGUGAGCCGGCAGAAGAAAGGUAAAACACUCAGCUGUAAACAAUGUAGGAGGAAAUUUGACUCGGUUGUUCUGUUGAGAGCUCAUAAGGUCGUUCAUGUGGCGGCAGAGAAACCCUUUAGCUGCUCGCAGUGUGGUCGGCGUUUUGGAAGUAAAGGCAGUUUAGAUGUACACCACCAGCUUCAUAACGACAAGAGCCCUUAUGUUUGCAAUCAAUGCGGCAAGACCUUCACCGAACACAAACAGCUGAAGGGUCACCAGAGGAUUCAUAACGAAGACAAGACUUUCACGUGUCAAAUUUGUGGGAAGUCUUUUAAUCAAGCUUACUGUCUCAAGAAGCACCUGGUCGUGCAUUCGGGAGAGAAGCUGCAUAAAUGUGACCAAUGUGAGAAGAGCUUCAACUUUCGCAACAACCUACUUCGCCACAAGAGAAUCCAUACAGGCGAGAAGCCGUUCACCUGCCAGACGUGCGGACGAAGUUUCAACCAGCUCGACUCGCUGAAGGCACACCGUCUGACUCACACCCGCGAGAAACCACACAAAUGCAAAAUGUGCAAUCAGGGGUUUGUCCAGAAGUAUCUACUCCGGCUGCAUGAGGGAAAGUACGCAGGACAAAACGGACACCCCUGUUGUGUAUGCGGGAUAGUCUUGGGUUGCUUAAACGCCCUAAAAAUGCAUCUGCCGAUUCACGAGGGACAGUUGCCGGUCAGUUGUACAGUGUGCAGCGAGACCCUUAGUUCUGUCAACACCUUGAAAACUCACCAACACAAACACUCUGUGACUAACAAACACAGCUGUUGUUUGUGCGGAAAGACCUUUAAGAGUGUGGCCGGUGUGAAAACUCACGAAAGGAUUCAUACGGGAGAAAAGCCUUUUAUCUGUUCUGUGUGCGGGAAGACAUUUCGGCAGCAGAACUGCCUUAAGGCUCACCUGACCUUACAUAGCGGUGAAAAACCUUUUAGUUGUGACGCAUGCGAGAAAGGUUUUUCCACCUUGGGAAACCUCCGUCGACAUCAGCGCAUACACACCGGAGAAAAGCCAUUCAAAUGCGCCGAGUGCGGGCGGGAAUUUAACCAGUCGAAUUCGCUCAAAGCUCACAUGCAUAUUCAUACAGGAGAGAAGCAGUAUGUGUGUGACAAGUGCGGGAAGAGUUUUGCUUAUCUCCGAAAUCUGAGGUCUCAUAAAUGUGUAUAAAUUUAAAGGGAUCAUUCACCUGAAAAAAAAAAUUCUGUCAUCGUUUUACUCUUGAUAUGGUAAACACCUUUGAAGUAUACUGACUUUUAUUGUAUUGACAAAAAAAGCCAUUUCUAAACGUAUCUUCUUUUGUGUUCUAACAAAAAUGUGUAAAUGAAUAAAUGAUGGCAGAAUUGACACUUUUGGGGGAACUUUCCCUUUAAGUUAAAAGACAAGGUCAUAUGUGUCUUAAUUUCCAUAUGCUGAUUUCUACAAUUAGAUUUCAGUGUAAAGGAUCCCUUAAAGAGGUCAUAUGACGUUGCUAAAAAGAACAUUAUGUUGUGUAUUUGGUGUAAUGCAAUGUGUUUAUGCGGUUUAAGGUUAGAAAAUCGCAUUAUUUUCUGCAUAAUGUACAUAAAUGUUGCUCCACUAUGCCCCACAUCAUAUGACCUCUUUAAACAUCUGUUUAGUGUACAGAUGAUCUUUAAAUUUAUAUUAAAUGAUCUGUUAAUACUUUGACAAACAAAUCAGUCAACAUAUUAUUUAGUAAUCUAGUCUUUUAAUAUCUAUUUAAAUGAUAUUAUCCUCUUUUUUCCUUUUGUUCCUUUGUAGGGCUGUUAGUUUGAUUUUAUUGCUCAAAAAAAGCAAAAUGAAAAAAAUAAAAAACAACUGUAAUAAGAUUGUGGUUUGUGAUCUUGUUCUGAUCAAAUCAGAACAUCCAGUCAAAGCAAUGUUUCUUCUCAAGGAUUCAGUUCAUAUUGAGGUCAAUCUUAAAGGGAUAGCUUACCCAAAUUCUGCCAUCAUUUACUCACGCACUUUUUUUUUUUCUUCUGAGGAACACAAACAGCUUCUUUUUUUUAUUUUUUUUAUAAUCCAUCUCUGUAAGUCCAUAUAAUGUAAGUGCUUGUAAGUGCUCCCUUAAAGUUGACUACACAAAAUGAACAUAAAAAAGCAAUCCAUAUGACCCCAGAUGUUAAAAUAAUGUCUUAUAAGAAAAAAUAUGAUAUAAAUAUUUGUGUGAGAAUUACCAUAAACCAUUACUUCCAGCCAACUGUCAUAUUUGCAUUCAUAAGUUCGAAGUUAACUCUCAGAGGGAUUGGCAUGGUAAUGUUAAUGGCAAUGUUAAUGUAUUUGGUCUUGGCAGAAUAGAUCUGUAUACGCUGCUGCUGCUGCAGCAGAGCAAGUACAGAGACCUGCUACUGCCAAUACAUUCACAACAUGCUGCUGUGAGCAUGUAAGAAAUAUUGCUGCUGAAAAUAUAACUCACAUGAAAUAAACCCCAUACAGCAUACAUGAAUCACCUUGUAGUAGAUCUAUACAGGUGGAGCUGGGGAAGAUGGAGGGUUUCUGAAGCAAGCUGCAACUGCUACAGUAAGCCCUAGUUAUCUAUUUGAAUGCUGAGCAGCGAGCUCACUGGCUACCGAUAUAGGAAAGAACCAUUCAGCUGUGCCAUGAGAUGAUGCCAUUAGGUCAGAUUGAGUUAGACCUAUCGGACUGCGCCAUCUAGAGUUUCAUGCCAGAACUCUGUAUUUAGCAUGUUGUAAAUCUCCUGCGAGAAGUGACUCACAAUCCUCUGUGCUUCCACAUCAUUUCUCAUGUGAGCUUCAAUUUCAAUUCUUUUCCUGUGAAUUUUAAUUUAUGUUUAAUUAUUCCACUCUAUUUUAUUGUUAGGCUGAUGAUACAUGGGUCAACUUUUUGAGCAAUGUUGCCAGGCAACUUUGGUUAGUAUUGCUGUCAAUGGACAACCAGGUGAAACACAUAGAUCAUGAUCAAUCUAGUAGCCAGAUAGAAAUGUGUUACCCAUUCUCAGUGGGUAAAGUGUCCAAGAAACAUUGCUCAAAAAAAGUUUCAAAAAUUGCUUAAAAAGUAGCCCCAUGUAUCAUCAGACUAAGUGUCCACAUUCAUUGAAAAUCUUCUGCAUUUAUUUCAGAGACAACAAAAUCUAGUAAAAUAUAAUUUUGAUGUAGAUGUUUCAAGGAUUUUUUUCUUCCUCCACUCUUCCUGAAUAGACGAUUCAUCUUCCAGUAAAGCCAGCCUCUACAUAAGUACCAUGAUUGAAUACUUUUAAAACUCUAUUCCUGGAACAUUAUAGUGAUUAAACUAUCGAAAAGGGCUGGCUAAAUUUGAUCAUUAUAAAUAUUAAUAAAUAUCCUUUUGUCAGUUUUUAGUUAUUAUUGACAAGCUAGGCCAGUAAAAUGAAGAAGUGCACAGAAAAUGUAAUCAGAACUAGUUUUGCAGAAAAUUAACCGCAGUUUGCGUCCGGUCGUACAUCCUUGUUUAGAGACCUAUAUAAAUUUCUUAGAAACACUCAGAUAUGAGUGAAUGCAAGUGAAUCUUCUCUGGGUUCUGAAAUGAGUAAGAGGAAAUUCCCUCUAGCAGCGUCAGCAUGUU